AUGGGGUGUCAGUUACAUAGUCAAUUAGCAGACAAUGCUAUUUUAGUAGAAGAUGAAUAUUACAUUUGGACUAAAAGUUUCUGGAUACGGACUCUGAAUACAAGACACGUCGGGGUGUGUGAGGGGGAUAAAUUCGGUAACGGAAAGAGCAACGUCCUAGGGAAAGUAAUAGUCCCGCGGAUAAACAUGACUGCAAAAUACAUUGAUUCCGAGUUGGACGAGAAGGAGAGAGAAGAAACGUUUCGUCUUAAAAGAGUGAAACAAAAGAAAAACUUGGAAAGAAAAGCAGAAGACGCGCGAAGGUAUCUAGCUAUGCAUCCGGAGUUAGCGGAAGAGGGGGCUGUGGGGGAAUAG